CCCGUACAGCCAAUGAUCUGGCUUCUUUGAAAUCCCCCUGACCAAUGGGAUGUUAACGUCUUAUGUGGGACGUGCUGCGUUCUAUUGGAAGUUGGCGCUUGCCGGUAAAGAAAAGUCGCUCGACUGUGCCUCCCGAAUAUUCGUCAAGUUUUGUCAAAUUUCAUCUGGAAUUCGCCUCAGGAAGCCAGCCUCAGGAUGUCUGACAAGAAGGCAGUGAUCAAGAAUGCGGACAUGUCGGAGGAGAUGCAGCAGGAUGCGGUGGACGUGGCCACCCAGGCCCUGGAGAAGUACAACAUUGAGAAGGACAUUGCAGCCUACAUCAAGAAGGAGUUUGACAAGAAGUACAACCCGACCUGGCACUGCAUCGUGGGGCGCAACUUUGGCUCGUACGUGACCCACGAGACGAAGCACUUCAUCUACUUCUACCUGGGACAGGUGGCCAUCCUGCUCUUCAAGUCCGGCUAACUCUUCCCUUCUCUGUUCCUUGUUUCAAAGAGGCGUUUUAUUUAUGAGCGGAGCUUGUUUCUUCUCGUCUGUAUAGUGGCAUCUCCGGAGGGGAGAAAUGUCUCGUGCGUGUCCGUCGGCAUAAUAAAGGUUUAUCUCGCGA